AUGUUGCGACCCAUCGGAGCCAAGUAUUGGGCCGAAAUCACUGAGUUCCACCAUGUUCUUGCAGCAUAUGCCAGUUUUCUCUGGAACAUUGGAGAUGAUGACAAUGAAGAUUGGAAACAUAAAAUUCAGCAGAGUGACAUGGAAAAUCGAAAGACUGAACCUGUGAAGCCCUCCAAAGAAAAAAGUGAUCUAAUCAGCCAAUUCUCGGUUCUUUCAGCUAGACAGGAGCUUGAUGCAUCACAUAAUUAUGGUGAAGAAAGUAACGUUGAAGAUUAUUUUAAGAAGAUGAUUAAUGAACAUCCAGAUAAUCCUUUGUUUCUAAAAAAGUAUGCUCAGUUUCUGUUGCAGUCCAAGAGAGAUCAUCAAGCAGCAGAGGACUACUACUCACGUGCAAUAGUAGCUGAUCCCAGUGACGGUGAAAUGAUAUCAGAAUAUGCCAAACUAGUAUGGGAACUUCAUCAUGAUCAAGAAAAAGCUUCGUUUUUAUUUGAACAAGCAGCUCAGGCUUCCCCUGGGGAUAGCAAUAUUCUGGCAGCAUAUACCUGCUUUCUCUGGGAAACAGAUGAUGGGGAAAGCUGA